UCCACGCCCACCUUGAAAGUUCCCCUCUCUUCACAGGAAGUGCGCUGACCAGUGCAGGAAUAAAAGCGGUGCUGAGGCCACCAUAUCGUCACUCUGCACAGCUCAGCGAACCUCAACCAUGAGACCUCUGCUGCUGGCUUUGCUUGGCCUCUGCUGCCUCGCCUCAUCCAUGGUGGAAGGUGUGGGGAGUGAAGUUCCAGAACAGAGUAUCUGUGUGAGUCUAACUACGCAGCCACUUCCAGUGAAUAGAAUCAGGACCUACACCAUCAAGGAAGGCCCCAUGAAAGCCGUAAUUUUUGUUACCAGACGUGGCUUCAAAAUCUGUGCUGAUCCAAAAGCCAACUGGGUGACAGCAGCAAUCAACAGCGUGGAUGGCAGGUCCAACACCAGAAGGCGCAUCGCCCAGACCAAGCCCACAGCAACCCAACAGACCACCAAGAGUGCUGUGACCCAGACUGCCUAGUGGCCCCUAGCACCUUGCCUUCUCCCAGCCAACCAGCCUGUUUCACUUGAAAGGCUUGUGGACUUAUUAGACUGUGUUCAUCUUCUAUGAAAGUGCUGCAUGAAUAAAAAUGUUUCCUUAUGUUUUA